AGGCGGGCGCGGGAGAGGGAAAGUAGGACGGCGGCGCGCGGGCUGCAGCGGCCGCGCUCGCUCACACACACGUGGCUGGUUUCGUCCGGCCUUCGACGGCCGUGCACACGGAUGGGCUGCCGCGCCCCCAGGGAUGUCUCUCCAGGGCAUGUUGAAGCAUAUCAUUGAGGAGAAACUGCCUCAUUCCCUAUGUGAAUCUCCUAAGAUCCAUUAUUGUUGCUGUCUUCAUCUUCAGAGAGGUGCCGUUCUGGUCUCCAUGGGAACCUACGCGGCUGGCUUGGGAAGAUGGCGGCUCUAGAGAGGCCGACGAGGGCCGCUCGGGACCGGGACUCCAGGCUUCUGUGCUUCUAGAGAGCCGCCCCGCUAGCGCCUGCCUUCCCCCCGCCGCCGGGAUGUUCGGGGACAGCGCGGCACGCGGUGCCGAUGCGGAGUCGCUGUGGCGAAGAGACCCCGGGACCCGCUGCGAGGCGAACAUUAUUCUUCUUGCUACAGAAAAGCUGCCAGACUGGGGAGAUCUCAACCGUGGAGGCUGCAGUACAAUCCCAUUCCAGCCGGGAUGCUGGCAUGCAGACCGAUCAAAGUGAGGAGACUAUCCAAAACUUGAAUCUCCAGAAGGAAGCUCCUGUGGAUUAUGCUGGCCUGCUCUCAUUCCUUCAGGGAGUGGAGGAUGUUGUUAUCAAAGAGCUGAAUAAAAACUGGAGAAGUCAUGCCUUCGAUGGCUAUGAGGUGAACUGGGUAGAUCAGAAUGAAACGGUGUUCUGUUUGCAUAGCUUAUCAUGCCCAGAGGCUCAGGAUCAGAAAUUGCAGGUGACCAGCAUCUCCUGGAAUGCCACUGGAUCAGUUGUUGCAUGUUCUUAUGGCAGACUGGAUGAUGGGGACUGGAGCACAGAAAAAUCCUAUGUUUGUACCUGGAAUCUGGACAGAAGGGGGUUAAAUCCAAAGCGUCCUGAUCUAGUGGUGGAUGUUCCCAGUUCUGUCAUGUGCCUGGCUUUCCAUCCAUCACAGCCAUCGUUGAUCGUUGGUGGCCUUUACAGUGGGGAGGUCUUGAUAUGGGACACGAGCAGGAUAGAAGAUCCUUUGAUCUGGAGGACAGGGAUGACAGAUGACACUCAUACAGAUCCAGUUUAUCAGGUUGACUGGUUACAGGACUCAAAACACAGUCACCACUUCCAGAUUCUGAGUGUAUCCACAGACGGAAAGAUCCUUGUGUGGCGGACACAGAGAGAUGGUCAGCUGACGUUAGUUGAAGGAUUUGCCUUAGUUGCUCAGCAGAUCCCUUGGAGUAUGAAACUUAAGAAGCGCACACGUGGGGAGACAGCUGUGGGUGUGACCUCGCUCUCUUUCUCCUGCUUUGAUCCCAGUGUGUUUAUCAUUGGUGUGGAAGGUGGAUAUUCUCUCAAGUGCUCCACUGCGGUAGAGACUGCUGCUGUCCCUAGGACAGGUAGCUCUGUUCCCCUCAAGGCACCUGCAGAGUUUGCCUUUUCUCCUCAUGGUGGACCUGUGUACUGUGUAAGCUGCUCACCUUUCCACAGGAAUCUCUUUCUGAGUGGUGGCACUGAUGGACAUGUUCACUUGCACUCCAUGCUGCAGGCACAGCCCCUUAUUUCCCUCCAGUUAUCAAAGAAGUAUCUGUUUAGUGUGCGCUGGUCUCCAGUACGACCCUUGGUCUUUGCAGCUGCCACUGGAGAAGGAGAAGUGCAGCUGUUUGAUUUUGGAAAGAGCUCCCAGAAACCUGCAGUUUCUGUAAAGCAAGCUUCAGCUCAGACUGCUGUGUACUGCAUAGAAUUUAACUUCAAGCAACCUCAGCUUCUGGCAGCAGGGGAUGCCAGUGGCAUGCUGAAAAUAUGGCAGCUGAGUUCAGAUUUUAUUCAACAGGGACCAAGGGAAAUGAAUCACCUUGAGCAGCUGGCAAAUGAAGUCACUGAUUGAGACACUAGCAGGCCAGUGUUAUCAUUUGAAUCUUGCUACAGCACAGGGUUUGUUACUGUUUCUACCCAAAACUGGUCUGUAAAACAUGUCCAUUACUUUGUAAUGCAGAGCAAGGUCAGUCCUAGUCACUCUUACCUCAUUACCUGAAGCUAUGUAAUGUGCAGAAGAGACAUUCUACUUUGUUUGAGUCACAUUUCAAAUUGGUACUCAAGCAUAAAGAUGAUUAAACACAAGUUGAAAUUUU